AGUUCCCACUUUCCAACCAGCAGCUGACAACUAGACUGCAUGUCGUUUCCUGAAACUGAACUUUCCUCUCUAUUUCCUUCUGUGCCAUGCUUCUUUCAACACAGCUUGAAACUGUUGACUGGCUUCCAGAUAAGAGAGGGAAGAGAAAAUGAGCUGAGAAAGUUGUCUGAAAUACAACCAAAGGUUGGAGAGUUUUGGGUUGGGAUUCUUUGAUAAAACCAAAGGUUCAUGAUGGCAAGCACCUCUGGUGAACAAUUUAAUUCUAACAGAAAUUAUAGAUGUUGGCUGGCUGAAACUUUUGAUAACCAAGAAACAGCAGAUGAUGAAUUAGCUGGUAAUCUUGAUGGAAAUGAUAACAUAAUUCAGCAAUCUAUUCAAGAUUUUCCAGUAAAUUUGGAGCCGUUUGAACCAUUUAUCGGAAUGGAGUUUGAAUCAGCAGAGGAUGCUAGGGAAUUUUAUGAGUUGUAUGGCAGGCGAAUGGGCUUUACCAUUCGUAACAAUCGUACACGUAGGUCACUUAAAGAUAACUCAAUAAUUGGUCGAGAGUUUGUUUGCUCAAAAGAAGGCUUUCGUGGAGGAAAGAGUCCAAAGGGAGAAAACAGAGUUUUUCAAUCGCGGCCAAUCACAAGGGAGGGAUGCAAUGCAAUGUUGAGGAUAGCUGCAAAGGAUGGAGGAAAAUGGGUUAUUUAUGGUUUCAUAAAAGAACACAAUCAUGAUCUUAAUCCUAGUAAAAUACCACCUCGCCGCUCACACAGGAUUGCAUUUAGUGAGGAUGAGAAAGAUCUCAAAAUCCGAGAGCUAUCCACCAAGCUGCAUCGUGAGAAAAAGAAAUCUGCUGCUUAUCAAAAGCAGCUACUGAUGGUUUUAACAUAUAUCGAGGAGCACACACAACGUUUAUCACUUAAGGCUGAAGUUGUGGCUAACAAAGUGAAAGAACUUGAGUCUGAAGAGCCAGAAGAACCAGAUUCUGACUAAGAGUGUAGCUGAAGAUUUUAUGUUAGCAUCUGUAGUCAACUAAUUCUGGUUUUGCUGGACAAGAUACAAAUGGAUAAACUCAUUUUAGAACUUUACAUUCACAAAGAUAACUGUUGCUACGUGCCAGAUGCUCCAUCCCAUCUGAACUUUGUAACCGAAAUAUAAGUUAACAACUGCAAGGUUCGAUAGGAUUCGUAAAGAAAGGCUGGUUUUAGGAACUGCUGUAUUGAGAUUACAAGCUCAAACAUGACAAAUUUGUAACAGCUUUGAAUGAUUUAGGGGAACCGUGUAUAAAUUAUAUGCAGAUCACUGAUCCAGAAGUCAAAAUUCAACUUUGGAC